CAAUGUUCGCCGUCUCUUCCUUUUCCCAUAGUCGGUUCGGUCUCUCUAGAAUUUGUGUCAAUCGCUCAUUUGCGGCAGCGUCUGUGACUGAGAAAGUAUGGAAAGUCUAUCUUUCCGGUGAAAUCCAUUCCGAUUGGCGCGAAGUGAUUGCUGAGGGGGUUGUGGACAAGUCUCUUCCUGUCACCUUGACGGCUCCCAAUACAUCGCAUGAAGACAGCGACGAUUGCGGCGCCUUUAUUCUCGGUAUGCAGCAAGAGCGGCCUAAUUGGGACAAGAUCGGAGCCAGCAUGAACAGCGUUCGUACUAAAACAUUGCUUUCCGAAGCUGACGUUGUUGUGGUGCGAUUCGGUGAAAAGUAUCGUCAGUGGAACGCUGCUUUUGACGCCGGUUACGCCGUUGCAAUGGGCAAACCGUUAAUUACCUUGCACCCGCCGGCGAUCUCGCAUAUGCUCAAAGAGGUGAACGCAUCUGCCAGCGUUGUUUGUGAGCAUCCGGAGCAAGUUGUCCAAACAUUGGCGUACGUCAUUCGUGGCGAACUACCAGCGACACCGAAAGAUGGAGCCGCCUAUAUGCCAAUAGCAGAUCGGUUGGGCAAGGGAAAUCCCAAUCCGUAAACGACAGAGCGAGACAAUAUGCAGCACAGUUGGAGGGCUGCUCGUCCAAAACAAAUUGCAUACAAAACAGUUGUAUCGCUAGAUCAAUG